AGUAACCGCUAUUGCUGCCCCAGCAAGUUUGAAGGUGGAAUUUGAAGGCAAUGGAGGUCACGCCGGUGCUGUGCUUAUGCCAUAUAGAAAUGAUGCCGGGCUUGCGGCUGCAGAGUUAGCUCUUGCUGUGGAGAAACAUGUGUUAGAAUCAGAAUCAAUAGAUACUGUAGGAACUGUUGGUAUUCUGGAGCUACAUCCUGGAGCAAUCAACAGCAUUCCAAGCAAAUCUCAUCUUGAAAUCGAUACAAGAGAUAUUGAUGAAGCGAGAAGAAACACCGUGAUCAAGAAGAUACAGGAAUCUGCCAACACGAUUGCUCGAAAACGAAAGGUGAAGCUAACAGAAUUCAAGAUUGUAAAUCAAGAUCCACCGGCUCUCUCAGACAAGCUAGUAAUCAAGAAAAUGGCAGAGGCAAGCACAGAGCUAAACUUAUCACACAAGAUGAUGAUAAGCCGAGCUUAUCAUGAUUCUCUCUUCAUGGCAAGGAUAUCUCCAAUGGGUAUGAUAUUCAUCCCGUGCUACAAAGGAUAUAGCCAUAAACCUGAAGAAUAUUCAUCUCCUGAAGACAUGUCUAAUGGAGUUAAGGUACUUUCCCUCACACUGGCCAAGCUCUCUUUGGACUGAUGCAAAACCCUCAUUUCCAUCCAGAAAAGCUUUGCAUAUUCUGUACCUGUUUCUUCUGUCUUUGUGCUUCAAAUGUAUUGACACUCUAAAGAAAAUUCAAUAAAUGUUGUGGCUAUCACUUAUCAAGUUCUCUGUCACUGUUGUUAUAUAAUAUUUCUGUUACAGUUAAUGAUGUGACGUUUGUAGAA